CUCAUCUCUGUAAAUGAGACUUGUAUUUUGUUUUAGUCGUCCAAUUUGUACAGUAAGUAAAAAAAUUGGAGGUCUGCAUGUAACCUCAAUGAUGAGCGUUUACUGUAAAUGCGUGUUUACUGUAAACAUUUAAUGACAUGUACAGUGGUUGAAUUAAGCCAGACCUUUUAUAAUGCCUCUAUAAUAUAGUUAUCUCAGAUGUGCAAUGAUAAUCAAACUUGAAUUGAGUAUUUGGAAAGAAAGUUUAAUUUAUUUUGAUUAAAGUAAUUUGAUCUGAUUAAGUUUGAAGAGAUGUCUAAGACCAAACUAGUUAGGAACAGUGCUUAUGCUGUAAAAACUCUGAUAAUUCAGUUGCUGCGAAUAAGUCUACAAUACCAUAUGUUUGGUACCGUUUAAUUUUUUGUUGUUGAAAUUCCUCGGCAAUAACUAAAAUGGAAAGAAGUCAAGGAAAUGUAGACAUUGGUAAUCAUUCAAAUGAGCAAAACGUUGACUGGUCCCGUUAUGGGUUAGGUAAUUCAGAUCAUCGAAAAAACAGAAGGAGAAGUGAUGAAGAUUACAGUAGUUUGGGACAUGAUAUUUAUCAAACAGGAGCAAAUGAGUUAUUUGCUCAAGAAUAUAAUUCUGAUCCAUGGUGGAAAUCAAAUUUUUUUGUAUCGCAACCUGUUUUAUUCGGUACUUGGGAUGGAGUGUUUACAUCAUGCUUAAUUAAUAUAUUUGGAGUUAUUGUAUUUUUGAGAUCCGGAUGGAUAGUAGGACAAGCUGGAGUAUUAAAUGCUGUCAUGAUAAUUUUCUGCACUGUGUGUAUUGCAUUAAUAACAGUCCUAUCUGCAGUUGGAAUUUGUGAGAGGUGUCGCGUAGAGAGUGGCGGAGUAUAUUUCUUGUUGUCUCACGUUCUUGGAUCUAGAUUUGGAGGAUCUAUCGGAUUAUUAUACUGUUUUGGUCAAGCUGUAGGUUGUGCUUUAAAUGUAUUGGGUUUUGGUGAAUCAAUGGCUGGACUUGUUGGUUUGGAAUCAACUUGGGCUCAGCGCGGUUUUGCUUGUGCAGCAGUCAUACUUUUGUCAGCAAUAAAUAUAGCUGGUGUUAAAUGGGUAAUAAAGUUGCAGUUCAUUCUUUUGCUGAUACUUUUGUUCGCUGGACUGGAUUUUAUGGUUGGAAGUUUUACACACAAAAAUAUUGAAGCUGGAUUUGAAGGGUGGUUUUUAGGAAACUUAAAGAAUAACACAUUUCCUGCUUAUGAAGCAGGUUAUGGCUGGUUCACAGUUUUUGGCGUCUUUUUUCCUACAGUUACUGGUGUUCUUGCUGGUAUUAAUAUGAGUGGUGACUUACGACAUCCAUCGACUGAUAUUCCUAAUGGCACUUUAGCUGCACUGGGUACUGGUACUCUGCUCUACCUAUGCUUUUCCUUGUUUCUUGCGGCAACAUGUACUAGGACAGCGCUUCUGACAAACUUUAUGAUCGCAUCAACUGUGUCAGCCUUUUCAGUGUUAUUACUUGCUGGCCUGUAUGUUUCCUCAUUUAGUAGUUGUUUGGGAGCUAUGUAUGGUACACCGAGAGUUCUUCAAUCCAUUGCUGGUCAGAACGUUAUUCCUGGAAUGAAUUGUUUACAGACAGGUCGGGGCCCCAAUAAAGUACCAGUUUACGCCAUGGUAGUAGUUGCUGUGGUUACACUAGGAUUUAUAAUCACUGGACAAAUUAAUACUUUGGCACCAAUCGUGACAAUGCCUUUUUUGUUGACAUACGCAUGUAUGGACUACGCGUAUUUUGCGCUGGCGCAAACUUUUGAUAUUCGACAUACGAGAGAGCAAAGAUUCCAUUCUCAAACACCGACAUUUGACCGUAAUUAUGGUUCAGCCAUAAAAACCGAUACAACAGUAAUGGAUAUUGGCAAUGAUUUAGAUAGCCUUUUUCCAGAACGCAUUGGUCAUAAAAAUCUUAUGAGAAAUUCAAGCAUUUCGGACAGUCCUGGACAUGCGGAUUCAUCGCCAAGUGUCGAAGAUAAUGGGAGUACCGAGGAAGUUGCAGUGCGAAAACCGAACAUACACAAUAAAUUAGGAAAUUGGUAUAGCCCUCUCUGUAAUCGUUGGCUGUCCUUAAUUGGCGCUUUGAUUAAAUUACUUAUUAUGUUUCUGGUUCACUGGGGCUAUGCACUUGCAAAUAUCAUCGUUGUGUUUCUCGUAUGGAGUUACAUAGGUCAUGCAAAUCCUGCUGUAAAACCAGGUGUCUCAGCAGAAUUCAAGUUCUUUGAGUGGCUAAAAAAUGCUUUACUCAGAUUAAUGGGUAAAAGAAUAUAUGACUACGAACAAAUUAUUGUUACACCGGUUCAUCCUGGUGUUGAAACAUGUUCUGCGCAACUUAAUGAAGACAAUGAGGACUUUGCUGGAAGACGAAGGUACCAUCAAACUGCUACAGUAACCGGUCAAUAUGUUAACGAUGACUGAAUAUUCGAGCAUUUUAAAGAACUCGAAUGUCUUGCACACUGGAACCUUAUGAGAGCAGUAUUCUUAUGUACAUCUGAAGUGCACUUUACAUAAACUAAUUCUAUAGUCAAGCGUAAUGCGUAAAAUGUUGUAGGUAAUAUAAGUGUUAGGCCUAACGUAAUUCAACUAAUGUAAACAAGGGUCCACAUUUUCGAUCAAUUUUAUAUAGUUAUGAAAUGAACAAUGUGCGUGAUUUUUUAGACCUUAUCACGAAAAAAUCGUGGUAUUUUUAAAAUUCACAAACAUUUAUAUAAUCAAAAUUUCUAACGAUGAGAACAAUGAUUAUGGAUUCUUCAGAAUUUCAGGAGUCUUUUUUCAUGAUUUUGUUGAGUGAUAAAAUCAGUCGUAUGCAAUGAUAGUGCGCACAAAUUUACAAUACAGAUUAAGCCAGUAGGCGAGCAACACAUAAGACUGUCAUUAGGUCAGAUUAAAUUUUUCAUGCUUUUGUAAAUAGGCGUCGAUGUAUUUAUAUGUUGUUUAACACUUUUAUAAGCGCCGAGAAACUCACAAAGGUGUAACCAAUGAAUAUGUACAGAUGACUUGUAUCGCA